GACAAUCCUUAAAAUAUAAGAAUUUACCUAAUAAUAUUUUUGGUAUAUAAACUAAAAAAAUAUGGCAAGUGCUUAUGAAGUUCCAUCGUGGGCAGGUAAACCACCACCUGGGCUGCAUCUGGACAUCUUUAAGGAUGACAAAUUCGUUCAAAAAAUUAUGAUUGACGAAAAAAAGUGUUACUUGUUUGGAAGAAAUCCUGAAUUAAACGAUUUUCGUAUCGACCAUUCAUCAUGUUCCCGUGUUCAUGCAGCACUUGUGUACCAUAAACAUUUAAAUUUAACUUACUUAGUAGAUUUGGGAUCAACUCAUGGGACUUUCAUCGGUAGUAUAAGAUUGGAGGGUCAUAAGCCUACCGUUGUUCAGAUUGGAAGUGUUUUUCAUUUCGGCGCCAGCACCAGAAAUUACACCCUUAGAGAACGACCGAAAACGACACAGAACAUUGUUGAAGAUAUUCCAAUGUCUGAUCAAAUAUCGGGACUACCAGAGAAUCAAGAUGAUGUUGAUAAUUUAACUGAAUACAACACAGCACACAAUAGAAAAAUCUCCACAUUGGGAAUAACCGAAUCAUUUGUCGCUAAAAAGGGAUCAAAAAGGAAGCGAGUUCAUUUCAAUGAAGAUGAGAUUGUUAUAAAUCCUGAAGAUAUUGAUGAUUCCAUUGGAAAGUUCAGAAAUCUUAUUCAAUCAACUGUUGUUCCUUUAAACAACAAAAGAAUGAAAUUGGAUGGUUCGGCGUCAUUUAGUUUCCCUGUAGCACCGCAUAUUGAACACAAACAAAUCUUACAUCAUCCGAUUAUAUCAGCUCCCAAUUUAUACUCUGGAUUGCCAUCAACUUCUAAUGAAUCUAUUGGUGAACAUGAUAGUGAAGAAUCAUUUAAUAUGUACGCGUCGACAUUGCUCCCGAUGCCUAAUCCUGCACCUGAAAUAGAAGUUUCCAAUAAACCAAUUGUGUCACAAGUUCAAUUCAAAUCCUUACAACAUGCAGAUCAUGAGCCGAUGGACUUUGAUCUCAAUGAACCAAAGACUACGAAGAAGAAAUAUGCCAAAGAAGCUUGGCCGAAAAAAGCUCCAAAAACUCAUCUUGGCGACAUUUAAUUUUAUGAAUUUGAAUUUUCUAACGAAAUAAAAAAAUUGUAAAUUUUA